ACUAAUCACCCCCCAUACCGAAACGCGCAUCAUAGCUGCCGAUGUGGAAUUUCCCCCUUUUUUAUGCCGUUUAAAAGCCCCGCACUGAAGCCCCAGCACCGAGGCAGCGUUAAUCUCAACGAUGUAGCGUCCUGUGCAGGCGAAAGGACAAUAAGAGAGGGCAGGAGUUGCAUGUGUUGUCAAUGGGAAACCUGGUGGGCAGCUGGCGUUUCAAGGAGCCGAGCACCGUUGAGGAAUGCGACUCGACGUGGGGAUCGGACUCGGAGAGCGAUGAGCCGACGGCUGAAGACGACAGCGGCAUUUCCGACUCCGUCAGCCCGGCGGAGAGCGAGCGAGCCGCGGGACACAGCGGGGACGCUGCCCUGCAGCUGACUGACUCCCCAGAGUCUGCUCCGAAGAUGAAGAGGAGUUUUUACGCCGCCAGGGAUCUCUACAAAUACCGUCACAGCUACCCGAACUUUAGAAAGUCCCGGCAGCCCAACGAAUAUCGAAAUCUGCGCUUCUACAUGAACAAGAUCCCCCUGGUGCCCGAUGGUAUUUACAUCGAGGAGAUUCUUUCAAAGUGGAGAGGCGACUACGACAAACUGGAGCACAAUCACACCUACAUUCAGUGGCUGUUCCCAUUAAGAGAACAAGGGCUCAACUUCUACGCACAUGAACUGACUCAGGAGGAGAUCAAAGAAUUCCAAAGCACUCGGGAAGCAAAGCGGAGGUUCCUGGCCGCCUAUUCCAUGAUGCUGGAUUUUUAUGGCGUCAAACUGCUAGAUAAAAGCGGCAACGUCGCUCGGGCCCCCAACUGGCAGGAACGCUUCCAGCACCUUAAUGAAUCCCACCACAACUACCUGAGGAUCACCCGCAUCCUGAAGUCCCUCGGUGAGCUCGGCUACGAGGCGUUCAAGGCCCCGCUGGUUCGCCUCUUCCUGGAGGAGUCGCUGUGCAGCGGCACGCUUCCCAACAUGCAGCACAGCGUGCUGGAGUACUUCGUCUACACCAUCCGCCUGCCGGCCACGCGGCGACGCCUGCUUCGGUUCGCUCGCAAGCACUACAGGCCCGCCCACGCCUUCCUCUGGGGGCCGCCGUCUAAGAAGGGAGCCUGCAGCGGCGGUGGUGUUGGCGGCGGGAGCAGCGGGAUCAGAGCUCCUGCUCCCACACCAGAGCACCACAGGAGGGGGGAGGAGAACACAGCAAGUAGCCGGAUCAAUGUGUCUUCCCAUGAUGCCAUAAUGUGCCAGGACCUGGUAGGUGGAGGGAUUAAGGGCUUCCCGGACCUUGGUUCUUAUGAGGCCGGGGUGCCGGGGCAGCUGAUGCUCGUUAGCGGGAGAAGAGAGAGGAGUGAGUUCAGCUAGGCUUCUUCCUUCAGAGAGGAAACUGCAAAAACUCAAAAAAUUACCUGGUUUCUAUUGAAAAUAUCAGGGGUGCAAUAAUUGCCGUUUUCUGGCCUAUCGCCGAUUACAGAUCUUUUAAAAAACUUGCAGAUUCCGAUUUUGGCUGAUAAUUUGUUUUGUCUGAAAUGUCGCCAAAUAUAGCAAGAGGGAAAGUCACAGAGUUAGUAACAGUGGGGUGACUGUUGUAAACAUGCAGACAUGACCUGGUGGGCCGGUCUGUCUGUCAAAGACGUUUAGACCUUUGCCAAGGUAGAUGAGAUCGAAGUAUAAGAUCAGCUUCACGUGUGAAAAUCAGCCGAUCGACGAUCUCCCAAAAUUAAGGAAAUCAAAACCAAUAAGUCGGCUGGCCGAUAAAUUGGUGCACCCCUAGAAAAUAUCUUGGUAAACAUGAAAUAAGACAAAACUCAACUUUUCAGCAGGAUA